UCAGCAAAAGAGUGUGCGGCUGCUGAGCUCGGCCAGUGUCGGAAGAAGCAGCCACGCGCACUUUGUCGCCAUGAAACUUAAACUAUUGACUCCAUAUUCGAGCCAGUACCUCUAAAAGCCCUCGUCAAUUCAUGAGCCGCCCCUCGGCUGUGUGUUCGUCAGGCCGGCAGAGGCCUCGCCACUCAUUAUUACACUUUUUUGGGGGGGAAAGAAUGCGCGAGACAGACAGUUAGCCGGCUAGCUAGCUAGCUGGCUGGCUAGCUAGCUAGCUAGCCGAGGUGACACAGGAGAACAAAAGAUUUUUUUGUAGUUUCCACUGUCAUUAAGUCCAUGUUAGCACCGCCAUGCCCGUCUUACUCUUCCUGCUAGACACCUCCGCCUCCAUGAACCAGCGCAGCUACCUGGGCACCAGCUAUCUGGACGUAGCUAAAGGCGCUGUUGAGACUUUUAUGAAGCUCCGAGGGAGAGACCCGGCCAGCCGAGGGGACCGCUACAUGUUGGUCAAUUUGGAAGACAUUCCGUUCGGGAUCAAGGCGGGAUGGAAGGAGAGCCACGCCACCUUCAUGACGGAGCUGAGGAACCUGCAGGCCACAGGACUCACUAGCAUCGGCCAGUCCCUGAGGACCGCCUUUGAUCUGCUCAAUCUCAAUAGACUAGUGAGCGGCAUAGACAACUAUGGACAGGGAAGGAACCCAUUCUUCCUUGAGCCCGCCAUCAUCAUUGCCAUCACCGACGGCAACAAGCUGACCAGCAGUGCGGGGGUCCAAGACGAGCUCCACCUCCCUCUGACCACGCCCCUGCCAGGCAGCGAGCUGACCAAGGAGCCCUUCCGCUGGGACCAGCGCCUCUUUGCACUCGUGCUGCGCAUCCCAGGCCACGCCUCGGUGGAACCCGAUCCCAUCGGAGGCGUACCGUCUGACGACUCGCCCAUCACGCCAAUGUGCGAAGUCACGGGAGGACGCUCGUACAGCGUGUUCUCCCAGCGUAUGUUGAAUCAGUGUCUGGAGUCCCUGGUCCAGAAGAUUCAGAGCGGCGUGGUCAUUAACUUUGAGAAAACGGGGCCGGACCCUCCCCCGCUGGAAGACGCUGCGGCCGAGUCGCUCAAGUUGGGCCCUCAGCCUUGGCACUGCUGCCACAAGCUCAUAUACGUUCGGCCCAAUCCCAAAACCGGCGUUCCCAUCGGUCACUGGCCCGUCCCCGAAGCCUUCUGGCCCGACCAGAACUCGCCCACCCUGCCCCCCCGCUCAGCCCACCCCCACGUGCGCUUCUCCUGCGUGGAUGCCGAGCCCAUGGUGAUUGACAAGGUGCCCUUCGACAAGUACGAGCUGGAGCCCUCGCCACUCACGCAGUACAUCCUGGAAAGGAAGUCUCCACACACCUGCUGGCAGGUCUUUGUGUGUAACAGUGCCAAGUACAAUGACCUGGGAGAACCUUUUGGCUACCUGAAGGCCAGCACUGCUCUCAACUGUGUCAACCUCUUCGUCAUGCCCUACAACUACCCUGUGCUCCUGCCCCUCCUGGACGACCUGAUCAAAGUGCACAAGUUCAAGCCCAGCAUUAAGUGGCGGCAGUCCUUUGAGAACUACCUGAAGAACAUGCCUCCAUACUAUAUUGGGUCCCUCAGGAAGGCACUAAGGAUCAUGGGAGCUCCCAACCUGCUGGCAGACAACAUGGAGUACGGCCUGAGCUACAGCGUGGUCUCCUACCUGAAGAAGCUCAGCCAGCAGACCAAGACGGAGUACGACCGCCUGAUUGCCUCCAUCGGAAAGAAGGCGGUGGCGGAGGCGGGCAUCAAGGUGCGCUGGCGGGGUGGAGGCAUCUCCCUGGCCCAGCGCAGAGACUUCAUCCAGCAGCUACAGAGCCUCUCUGGUGACGUCCCUCUGGUCCCUCUGGAGCUCAACCCCAAAGAGUUCCAGGGGUUCCACCUGGCGUUGCUGAACAAGGACCUGAAGCCUCAGAGCUUCCGGAACCCCUACGACAUCCCCCGCAGUCACCUGCUGGACCAACUGAGCCGCAUGAGGAGAAACCUUCUCAACACCAGUGUCUGCAGCCUGCGUGGCCACGACUCAGAUCAGCUCCACAGCGUCCCCAUCGCCCAGAUGGGGAACUACCAGGACUUCCUGAAAGCUGCUCCUCAGCCCCUGAGAGACGCCGACCCCGAGCAGCCCAAACGUCUGCACACCUUCGGCAACCCCUUCAAGCUGGACAAGAAGGGAAUGAUGAUCGACGAGGCCGAUGAAUUUGUCACCAGCCCGAAGGAGAACAAAGGCAAGAGGCCAUCAGACAACAACAUGACAGGAGGCGGGCCCAAGAGGAGACGCUGCAUGUCACCUUUGCUGCGCCUGGGUCACGCCUACACGCCCCCUGUCAGUCCUCGGUCCACCUCAGACGUGGACAUGAGCGAUGAAGAAGUGGAACCCCAUCCCAUGGUCAACCACCUCCAUCGGAACCACUGCAGCCCAGAAAGAAGCUCCGACUCCGACUCGGAACCUCAAGAGAACCACUCAUCGGCAGACCAGCAGGACCUCCAGUAUGGGGGGGAGGAGGAGGAGGAGGAGGAGGAGAACGGUGAGCAAGUGGAGGUGGAGGAGGAGGAGGUGAUUUUGGUGGACGGACUGGAUCAGCCGCCCCGGUACCUGUCACCUGCCGCCCUGAAGAAACACAUCCACACUGAGACCACCAAGGUGAACAACGAGCUGAGGACACUCAUCACCAGGGAGAUCAGGAAGCCUGGCAGAUACUACGACAAGAUCUUCUACUUCCUGAAGCAGAUUCAAGGCACUCUGGACACUCGCCUCAUCUUCAUCCAAAACAUCAUCAGGGAGGCGGCCAGGUUCAAGAAGCGAGUUCUCAUCGAGCAGCUGGAGAACUUCCUGGAGGAAAUCCACAACCGAUCUACCAUCAACCACGUGGACGCACUUUGACCUCCUCCUGCUCCAAGUGGACUUGCUGAGCAUCUUUUCAUCCAAAUAAGUGACAAGACCCAAUGAUCACAUGACCCUUCUUUUGCUUCGCCACAAAGAGGGAUUGGUGAUCAAUAACCACUAAGUAGUGACGGACCGUCCCAGCACCGAUCACUGUCAGGGCCGAGCAAAGAUGGCCGCCAACAGCUGAUGUGAGGCAACCGUCCUGCAAGGACUAAAGAAUCCUACAACUCAUGUUGACCUGGAAACUGCUGACAGAAGCUAAAGAUUGAUUGAUUGACCAGCAGAUAGUCCAGUCAUUCUGAUUGACUAAACAAUUAAUUGUCUUUUGACCUGUGAUUCAGUGUCCACCACUAAGUGUCGUCACAGCAACCAUUAUUGACUGACUGAUCAACUACUGCAACCUGCCAGUGAUCUACUGCUGGUCUACUGGUGACCUGCCAGUGAUCUACAGACAGCCUGCCAGUGAUCUACUGCUGGUCUACUGGUGACCUGCCAGUGAUCUACUGCUGGUCUACUGGUGACCUGCCAGUGAUCUACAGACAGCCUGCCAGUGAUCUACUGCUGGUCUACUGGUGACCUGCCAGUGAUCUACUGCUGGUCUACUGGUGACCUGCCAGUGAUCUACAGAUAACCUGCCAGUGAUCUACUGCUGGUCUACUGCUGACCUGCCAGUGAUCUACAGACAACCUGCCAGUGAUCUACUGCUGAUUGACUGCUGAUCUUUUGGCGACCUACGGGUGAUUGACUGCUGACCUGCCGGUGAUUGACUGGCGAUCUACAGACAACCUGCCAGUGAUCUACUGGCAAUUUACUGGUGAGCUACUGAUGAUCUACUGGCGACCUGCCAGUGAUCUACAGACAACCUGCCAGUGAUCUACUGCUGGUCUACUGGUGACCUGCCAGUGAUCUACAGACAACCUGCCAGUGAUCUACUGCUGAUUGACUGCUGAUCUUUUGGCGACCUACGGGUGAUUGACUGCUGACCUGCCGGUGAUUGACUGGCGAUCUACAGACAACCUGCCAGUGAUCUACUGGCAAUUUACUGGUGAGCUACUGAUGAUCUACUGGCGACCUGCCAGUGAUCUACAGACAACCUGCCAGUGAUCUACUGCUGGUCUACUGGUGACCUGCCAGUGAUCUACAGACAACCUGCCAGUGAUCUACUGCUGAUUGACUGCUGAUCUUUUGGCGACCUACGGGUGAUUGACUGCUGACCUGCCGGUGAUUGACUGGCGAUCUACAAACAACCUGCCAGUGAUCUACUGGCAAUUUAUUGGUGAGCUACUGAUGAUCUACUGGCGACCUGCUAGUGAUCUACUGGCGAACUGCCAGUGAUCUACAGACGACCUGCCAGUGGUCUACUGGUGAUCUACAGGCAACCUGCCGGUGAUUGACUGGUGAUCCACAGACGACCUGCUAGUGAUCUACUGGUGAACUGCCAGUGAUCUACAGACGACCUGCCAGUUGUCUACUCGUGAUCUACAGGCAACCUGCCGGUGAUUGACUGGUGAUCUACAGACGACCUGCUAGUGAUCUACUGGCGACCUGCCAGUGAUCUACAGACGACCUGCCAGUGGUCUACUGGUGAUUGACUGGUGAUCUACAGACGACCUGCUAGUGAUCUACUGGCGACCUGCCAGUGAUCUACAGACGACCUGCCAGUGGUCUACUGGUGAUUGACUGGUGAUCUACAGACGACCUGCUAGUGAUCUACUGGCGACCUGCCAGUGAUCUACAGACGACCUGCCAGUGGUCUACUGGUGAUUGACUGGUGAUCUUUUGGCGACCUACGGGUGAUUGACUGCUGACCUGCCGGUGAUUGACUGGCGAUCUACAGACAACCUGCCAGUGAUCUACUGGCAAUUUACUGGUGAGCUACUGAUGAUCUACUGGCGACCUGCUAGUGAUCUACUGGCGAACUGCCAGUGAUCUACAGACGACCUGCCAGUGGUCUACUGGUGAUCUACAGGCAACCUGCCGGUGAUUGACUGGUGAUCCACAGACGACCUGCUAGUGAUCUACUGGUGAACUGCCAGUGAUCUACAGACGACCUGCCAGUGGUCUACUGGUGAUCUACAGGCAACCUGCCGGUGAUUGACUGGUGAUCUACAGACGACCUGCUAGUGAUCUACUGGCGACCUGCCAGUGAUCUACAGACGACCUGCCAGUGGUCUACUGGUGAUUGACUGGUGAUCUACAGACGACCUGCUAGUGAUCUACUGGCGACCUGCCAGUGAUCUACAGACGACCUGCCAGUGGUCUACUGGUGAUUGACUGGUGAUCUACAGACGACCUGCUAGUGAUCUACUGGCGACCUGCCAGUGAUCUACAGACGACCUGCCAGUGAUCUAUUGGUGAUUGACUGGUGAUCUACAGGCAACCUGCCGGUGAUUGACUGGUGAUCUACAGACAACCUGCCAGUGAUCUACUGGCAAUUGACUGGUGAGCUACUGAUGAUCUACUGGCAACCUGCCAGUGACCUACUAUUGAUUGAAUGAAUGGUGACCUACCAGUGAUUGACAGGUGAUCUACCGGCGAUUGACUGGUGACCUCCCACUGACCAACUCGCAGCAUACCGGUGGUGACUGGCUGGUGAUCUGCUAGUGUUUGACUGAUGACUGAUAUUGUAUGGUGACCUACCAGUGAUCUAUAGUUUAAUGACGGGUGAAUUACCAUUGAUCUUCUGGUUAUUGACUGGUGACCUACCAGUGAUCUAUCUACAGGUUAUUGACUGGUGACUUACCAAUGAUCUUCUGGUGACUUAUCAGUGAUUGACUAGUGAUCUACCAGUGAUCUAUUGGUGAUUGACUGGUGAUCUACCAGUGAUCUAUCGGUGAUUGACUGGUGAUCUACCAGUGGUCUGUCAGUGAUUGACUGGUGACUUACCAGUGAUCUUCUGCUAAUUGAUUUGUGAUUUACCAGUGAUCUACUGCUGAAUGAUCAACGAUUUACCAGUGAUAAUCUGUUGAUUAACUGGUGACUUACUCGUGAUCUUCUGGUCAUUGGCUGGUGAUCUGCUAGUGUUUGACUGGUGACCUACUGGUGACUGACUGAUGGUGUAGCGGUGAUCGACUGCGUACCUACCACUGAAAGACUGGUGACUGACUGGUGAAACAUUGUGACCAACUGGUUGUCUAGUAAAGAGACUGAAAGAGUGAGUGAGUGGGCAAUGGUCAGUCCAAGGGAGACAAAAAGGUGAUCAACAUAUUGACAAGCAAUACAGGAGUGCAGGACCACUAGUCGACUUUAACUAAUUAACCAAACAUUGCUGAGUCAUGAUUGACAAGCAAUGGAAUGAAUGACUAGUAGUCGACCGUUAACUAGUUAACCAAUCAUUGCUGAGUCAUGAUUGACAAGCAAUGAAAGAGUGAAUAACUAGUAAUCACCUUCAACUAGUUAACCAAUCAUUGCUGAGUCCUGGUUGACAAGCAAUGAAGGAGUGAAUGACAAGUAAUCACCUUCAACUAGUUAACCAAUCAGUGCUGAGUCAUGAUUGAUAAGCAAUGAAAGAAUGAAUGACUAGUAGUCACCUUCAACUGGUUAAAAACAUUACUGAAUCCUGGAUGACAAGCAAUGAAGGAGUGAAUGAGUAGUAGUCACCUUUAACUAGUUAACCAGUUAUUUCAGAGUCAUGAUUGACAAGCAAUGAAGGAGUGAAUGACUAGUAGUCACCUUAGACUAAUUAACAAUCAUUGCUGAGUCAUGAUUGAUAAGCAAUGAAAGAGUGAAUGACUAGUAAUCACCUUCAACUAGUUAACCAAUCAUUGCUGAGUCCUAGUUGACAAGCAAUGAAGGAGUGAAUGACUAGUAAUCACCUUCAACUAGUUAACCAAUCAUUGCUGAGUCCUAGUUGACAAGCAAUGAAGGAGUGAAUGACUAGUAAUCACCUUCAACUAGUUAACCAAUCAUUGCUGAGUCCUAGUUGACAAGCAAUGAAGGAGUGAAUGACUAGUAAUCACCUUCAACUAGUUAACCAAUCAUUGCUGAGUCCUAGUUGACAAGCAAUGAAGGAGUGAAUGACUAGUAAUCACCUUCAACUAGUUAACCAAUCAUUGCUGAGUCCUAGUUGACAAGCAAUGAAGGAGUGAAUGACUAGUAAUCACCUUCAACUAGUUAACCAAUCAUUGCUGAGUCCUAGUUGACAAGCAAUGAAGGAGUGAAUGCCUAGUAAUCACCUUCAACUAGUUAACCAAUCAUUGCUGAGUCCUAGUUGACAAGCAAUGAAGGAGUGAAUGACUAGUAAUCACCUUCAACUAGUUAACCAAUCAUUGCUGAGUCCUAGUUGACAAGCAAUGAAGGAGUGAAUGCCUAGUAAUCACCUUCAACUAGUUAACCAAUCAUUCCUGAGUCCUAGUUGACAAGCAAUGAUAUUUAGCUAGUUAACUAGGCCUGCUGGUCAUCAGGCGAGUGAAGAUGGUUGACAGAAAGGUCACAUGACAUGACAGCAUCACUCCGAGGGACUGUGGUCUAUGAAGCAACGUGAUUGGUCAACAGAAGUGACUCCGCCCCGUCCGUUCGAGUCACUUCCCCACAAUGCACUUGUUAUUUUUGUAAUCACAAGUGGUUUUUGGAUGUGGACCAAAAGAUCUGCCAUUGGUGAGCAGUAUUUUGUAAAGUUAGUGUACAUAACAUAUUUAAAGAUGGUGGACAACCUUUUGUAAGUAUUUCCAUCAAUAAAUCUAUUUUCCACAGUCA